UGGCUCUUGUGGCAGGCAAGCAGGCGGCAUUUUAAGAGCAUUGAGGUCCUGGGGGUCUGGCGCUGCUGGGCAGGAUGGCACACAACUCAUCACAGGUGACCUUCAACACUACAGGACUCAGCUUGAUGUCCCACAUCUCCUACCUGGACUGGCCCGGCUGGAUUCUCCUGGUGACACCGGCGUCUGCUCUCCUCCUGGGGGCGCUGCUCUUUAUGCUGGCUCUGUGGCAGCGCAGACGAGAGCAUCGGGUGAUGCAGUGGAAUUUGAGAUGCCGGGAGGAGAGGAUGAAGACCUUUGUGAGCUUCUUCAAAGACAAGUCCAAUGGAAGUGCCCUGGAGUCAAUCUGUAGACAACCAGAUCAGAAGGGCCCAAUGGACGAUGCUGUCUCCUAUGAGAAUGUGGGAGCUGGGCAAGUGAUGGAUUCCAUGAUGAACUUGCCAGUGGAGGAGGAUUAUCUCAUUCCUGAUGAGGAGAAAGUUAUCGAGAAGAUGGAGACCUCUUGUCAGCUCAGUGUCAACGAUUAUGUUAACCCAGAUGAAGAAGAAGAUGAGAGGAAGAACAGUGAGAUGAUGUCUACAGAGCCAGAGCAGGAGGGACUGGCCAGUCACACAGAGAUGGAUGCAGAGUCCUAUGAGAAUAUGAGCAACGGUGCCCCCUACAGGACAAGUGGAGACAAUGGUCAGGAAAAGGAGCAGGAGGAAGACACCCAGUCCUAUGAGAUAUGGAGGGUCAUCUGCCCAGUGGGGACACCUGUCAAUUCAGUGGAGCAGCUGAGUGGGAGAGAGAAGGUGAGACGGGACACUGAGUCCACUAACACAGGACGAUUCUGCGAUGAUGUGGACCCCCGAGUGUACGCUGUGCCUCAGAACUGCAGCACUCCCCUCAGGACAUUGAGUGGGGCCAACAUGGAGGACGACAAUGACUCGUAUGAGAACAUGGAGGCAGCCGACUUGGGUACUGCAGCAGUGGUACCAGCAGACUCUUGGAUGUGGAGCUCAAACAACAGUGGACACUACCAGAACUUCAGCAUCAAGGGACAUCUCCUUCAGGGGGCACUGUGUCCAGGUCUUGACAUUAAAGAAGACAGAAAGACAGAGGAAGUGCAGAAAAGCUGA